CACCAAGGUGAGUGUCCCGGCUCUCCCCAACCAGAUGCGCUCCCGUGGAGGAGAAGGCAGGGAGGUAGGCACUGAAGGGUCAGGGACGCUCCUGUGUAGAUGGACGUGCCCUGCCACUGCGAGCCCAACCAGCCUGCCCUCGGACAAGCACCUGAUGCCCAACCUCAGGCCAGCCAAGCCCUUGGCCCCUUCCUUGCCUCUCGGCCCAUCCCCAGGAGCCUCACUCAGCUGGAGGGCUACACCCAAGUCCUCAGACUUGCUGGGACCCAGGAGCCCAGGAGGAACCUUCCAGGGCCGAGACCUCCACAAUGGGACUCAUGCCCCCUCAUCCUCCUCUUUGAACCCCCUGCCACCAUCGCAGCUUCAGCUGCCCACAGUGCCCCUAGUCAUGGUGGCACCCUCCGGGGCACGGCUGGGUUCCUCACCCCACCUGCAGGCACUUCUGCAGGACAGGCCACAUUUUAUGCACCAGCUCUCCACAGUGGAUGCCCAUGCUCGGACCUCUAUGCUACAGGUGCGCCCUCUGGACAGCCCAGCCAUGAUCAGCCUCCCACCACCCACCGCUGCCACUGGAGUCUUUUCCUUCAAGGCCCGACCUGGCCUACCACCUGGAAUCAACGUGGCCAGCCUGGAGUGGGUGUCCAGGGAGCCAGCACUGCUCUGCACCUUCCCAAGCCCCAGUGUGCCCAGGAAAGAAAGCACCCUUUCAAGCAUGUCCCAGAGCUCCUUUCCUCUGCUGGCAAAUGGUGUCUGCAAGUGGCCUGGAUGUGAGAAGGUCUUCAAGGAGCCAGAGGACUUCCUCAAGCACUGCCAGGUGGACCACCUCCCGGAUGAGAAGGGCAAGGCACAGUGUCUCCUCCAGCGAGAGGUGGUACAGUCUCUGGAGCAGCAGCUGGUCCUGGAAAAGGAGAAACUGAGUGCUAUGCAGGCCCACCUGGCAGGGAAAAUGGCACUGACCAAGACUCCAGCAGUGGUGUCAUCUGACAAAGGGUCCUGCUGCAUUGUAGCUGCUGGCACCCACAGCAGUGGUGUUCCAGGAUGGCCCAGCCCCCAAGAGGCCUCCGAUAGCCUGUUUGCUGUGCGGAGGCAUCUCUGGGGCAGCCAUGGAAAUGGCACCUUUGCAGAGUUCUUUCACAACAUGGACUACUUCAAGUUCCACAACAUGCGUCCCCCUUUCACCUACGCCACCCUCAUCCGCUGGGCCAUCCUGGAGGCUCCUGAGAAGCAACGGACACUCAAUGAAAUCUACCGUUGGUUCACACGCAUGUUUGCCUAUUUUAGAAACCAUCCUGCCACGUGGAAGAAUGCCAUCCGCCACAACCUGAGCCUGCACAAGUGCUUCGUGCGGGUGGAGAGCGAGAAGGGGGCCGUGUGGACCGUGGACGAGUUUGAGUUCCGCAAGAAAAGAAGCCAACGGCCUAGCAAGUGCUCCUACCCUCCGCCAGGCCCCUGACCUCAAACCAAGGAAAGAAAGGAUGGAAAGGGUCGAAACUGGGGGCAGAGGUGGUGGGGGCAGGGCUGACAGGCCCUGGAUAUGUCCACGGAGACCAAGAAAUGAGGUAUCCACUGUCUCCCCGCCACAGCCUCUGCUCUCCAGCUUAGCUGCCCUCCAGGAUCUUAUUUUCUGCCCCAAGGCUGUUCAGAGGGUCUCCAGUCCGAGCCCAGCCCCUGCCUCCACCACAGUCCCCCAACAUGGCCUCUCACAACCAACCACACACACAGCUGCCUCAGUCACCCUCACAGAUGAUCUCAGAGUGGAAAAGUCACACACAGUCACAAUCCUGUCCCCUAAACACACACAAACCCUAAGACACAAAGAGCUUGCCUUGGUAUACUCAAAUGUCCUCAAUGCUAUAUAGUCACAUGAAGUCAUGUUCGAGCACAAUCCUGUCAACUCACAUUCCCAAAAGCACAAAGCCACAUUCACUCUCUGGGCCCAUGGAUGUGAAGUCAUGCAAAGGUGCGCCCAGGCCCCUGCAGAUGCAGCAUCAGUACCCUCCCGAUCACAAGUUACAGAAAGCCACACAGACACUUAACUGGUCACAUGUAACUCCCAACACAUGCUCACUCAGACAUGGCCCAUUAGUACUCGUCUGCAUAUCUCGCACUUGUGCACACACAUGCACACUCAUAGCUCCCUAGGGUGUCCCCUCUGAGUCCACAAAGACACACUGAUUCACCAAAAGAUGCUGGCUAUCUCACUUGACAAUCACCCACUCCUUCCCCUGAGCCCUGAUCCAUGCCUCAGCUAGACUGCAGAAGAGCCCCUCCUUUAUUUGGGAUCCAAGGCCCCAGCCCCCGGUGCCCUCUCCAAUAAACUGUAGCCAAUUCUA